UGUUAGGGAAAGGGAAUGCAGGGAAGGCAGAGUACCAAUUGGAGGGAGAGCUCUGAGUGAGUCAGGGGCCAUUGAGGCUCUGACUGGUCUCAUGCCAUCUGGGAUCCCAAGCCCCUUCUCCCCCUUGGGUCUCUGUAGGAGGAUGGGGGCAUGGAGUGGGGCAGAAGUGAAGGAGUAAGAGAGGGUUGGUGCCAUUUUCAUUUCCAAGCCUGACCCUUUCUGCUGCCUCUCUCCUUCUGUAGGUUGGAGUCUCUCCCCCUGAGGGCAGGGUCAGGGACUUUGUAACUCCUGAAGGACCUUAACCUCCAUAAAUCCCUGUUGGCCAGCCUCCUGCCUAGGAAAAGAAAGGAAAGAAAUCUACCCCUCUGGGAUCCUUCUCACUUCCCAACUCCCUCUGCAGAGUACCAAGGCCUGACCUGAAUAGGGAGCCUAGAGCCAGAUGGCCCCUGGGAGCCACAGACCCCCACCCCAAGAGUUGGUGACAUUCAAGGAUGUGGCUGUGGACUUCACACUAGAGGAGUGGGGUUUGUUGAACCCAACUCAGAAAGAGCUGCACAAGGAUGUCACGCUGGAGAAUGCUCAGAACUUGCUCUCCCUGGAUUCAGAGACUAGGUUUGAUGUGAAGAAGUCAACUGCAAAACUGAAAAUGACUUCAUGGAAUGACUGUUCUCAGUUUAGUCAAUGUAAGACUGGUCAUGCUAACCAUCAGAGAAUACACACUGGAGAGAAACCUUAUGAAUUUAAUCUUUGUGGAAAGACUUUCAGAAGGAGAUUGCAUCUUAAUGCACAUCAGAGAUUCCAUACUGGAGAGAAACCUUAUGAAUAUAAUCAAUGUGGAAAGGCUUUCUCACAGCUCUCUGGUCUUUGUUCACAUCAGCGAAUCCACACUGGAGAGAAACCUUAUGACUGUAAUCAGUGUGGAAAGACUUUCACACAGCACUCCAGUGUUGCUGUACAUGAGAAAAUCCACACUGGAGAGAAACCUUUUGAAUGUAAUCAAUGUGGAAAGACUUUCACACAGCGCUCCAGUCUUCUCGUACAUCAAAGAAUCCACACUGGAAAGAAACCUUAUGAAUGUAAUCAGUGUGGAAAAGCUUUCAACUACACAUCACAUCUUUUUAGACAUCAGAGAACCCACAGUGUAGUGAAACGUUAUGAAUGUAAUCAAUGUGGAAAGGUUUUCAGAUGUCUCUCUACUCUUUGCAAACAUCAGAUUAUCCACAGUGGAGGGAAACCUUAUGAAUGUAAUCAAUGUGGAAAGGCUUUCACAAGUAGAUCCAGUGUUACUUCUCAUCAAAGAAUCCACACUGGAGAGAAACCUUAUGAAUGUAAUCAGUGUGGAAAGGUUUUCAGAACUAGUUGUAAUCUUGUUGUACAUCAGAGAAUCCACACUGGAGAGAAACCUUAUGAAUGUAUUCAGUGUGGAAAGACAUUCUCACAGCUUUCUGGUCUUUGUUCACAUGAGAGAAUCCACACUGGAGAGAAACCUUAUGAAUGUAAUCAGUGUGGAAAGGCUUUCACACAGCGCUUCAGUUUUGCUGCACAUCAGAGAAUCCACACUGGUGAGAAACCUUAUAAAUGUAUUCAAUGUGGAAAGGCUUUUAACUGUACAUCACAUCUUUUUAUACAUCAGAGAAUCCAUACUGGAGAGACUUCUUAUAAAUGUAAUCAGUGUGGAAAGACUUUCACAAGGAGUUCUAGCCUUGCUCGACAUCAGAGAAUCCACACUGGAGAAAAACUUUAUGAAUGUAAUCAAUGUGGAAAGACUUUCACAAGGAACUCCAAUCUUGUUGGACAUCAGAGAAUCCACACUGGAGAGAAACCUUAUGAAUGUAAUCAAUGUGGAAAGCCUUUUACAAAGAGCUUUAAUCUGGUGGAACAUCAGAGAAUCCACACUGGUGAGAAACCUUAUGAAUGUGAUCAAUGUGGAAAGGCUUUCUCACAGCUCUCUAGUCUUUGUUUACAUCAGAGAAUCCAUACUGGAGAGAAACCUUAUGAAUGUAAUAAAUGUGGAAAGGCUUUCAGAUGCCGUUCCACUCUUCGUAGACAUCAGAGAAUACACACUGGAGAGAAAUCUUAUGAAUGUAAUCAAUGUGGUAAGACUGUCAGUUGCAUGUCACAUCUUUUUAGACGUCAGAGAAAUGACAGUGUAGUGAAACCUUAUGAAUGUAAUCAGUGUGGAAAGACUUUCGCACAUAGCUCUAGUCUUGCUGAACAUCAGAGAAUCCACACUGGAGAGAAACCUUAUCAAUGUAAUCAAUGUGGGAAGACUUUCAGAAGGAGCUCCCAUCUUGUUGUACAUCAGAGAAUCCAUACUGGAGAGAAACCUUAUGACUGUCAUCAAUGUGGAAAGACUUUCAGAUGCCUCUCCACUCUUUAUACACAUCAGCUAAUCCACAAUGGAAUGAAACCUUAUGAAUGUAAUCAAUGUGGAAAGACUUUCAGCUGCACAUCAAAUCUUUUUAAACAUCAGAUAACCCACACUCAAGAGAAACCUUAUGAAUGUAAUCAAUGUGGAAAGACUUUCACAAGUAGUUUCAAUCUUGCUGUACAUCAGAGAAUCCACACUGGAGAGAAACCUUAUAAAUGUAAUCAAUGUGAGAAGACUUUCAGAAGAAGUUCCCAUCUUGUACAUCAGAGAAUUCACACUGAUGCAGAGACUAGGUUUGAUGUGAAAGAGACCACUGUAAAGCUGAGAAUGACUUCAUGGAAUGACUGUUCUAAAUAUGGUGAAUCCAGGGCUGUUCUUGUUAAAUAUCAGAGGAUCCACACUGCAGAGAAACAUGAAUGCAAUCAACAUGUAAAAGCUUUAAGACUUGGGUCUAGUCUUAUUCUACAUUGGAAAAUCCAUACUGGAGAGAAACUUUAUGAAAGUAAUCAAUGUAGAAAGACUUUCACAAAUAGGUCUAAUCUUGCUGCACACUUGAGAAGCCACACUGGAGAGAAACCUUAUGAAUGUAAUCAGUGUGGAAAGACUUUUGCACAGAGGCCCAAUCUUGCUGUACAUGAGAGAAUCCACACUGUAGAGAAACCUUAUGAAUGCAGUCAAUGUAGAAAGGCUUUCAGAUGCCUCUCCAUUCUUUGUAAACGUCAGAUAAUCCACAGUGAAGAGAAACCUUAUGAAUGUAAUCAAUAUGGAAAGACUUUUAGAAUGAGCUUCCAUCUUGCUACACAUCAGAGAAUCCACACUGGAGAAAAACCUUAUGAAUGUAGUCAAUGUGGAAAGGCUUUUGCACAGAGGAUCAGUCUUGCUGUACAUGAGAGAAUCCACACUGGAGAGAAACAUUAUAAAUGUCACGAAUGUGGUAAAGCCUUUACCCAUCACUCUUCCUGUUAUGCACAUCAGAUAAUCCACUCGAGAGAAUCUUAUGAGUGUCUAGAAUGUGGUAAAGCUUUUAAUAUAUUCUCUUCCCUUACUGAACAUCAGAGAAUCCAUACUAGAGGAAAAAACCUCAUUAAUAUAACCAAGGUGAAAAAGCAUUCAGAUUAAAGUCAUCCCUUAUUUUCAUUGCCAUGGCUACCUGUUCCAUUGCUUCUUCUUUUUUUUUCCAGGGCAAUGAGGGUUAAGUGACUUGCCUAGGGUCACACAGCUAGUUAAGUGUCAAGUGUCUGAGACUGAAUUUGAACUCAGGUCCUCCUGAACCCAAGGCCAGUGCUUUAUCUACUGUGCCACCUAGCUGCCCCCUUAUUUUCCAUCAGAAUAUUCACAUGCUAUAAAUAUCAUAUCCCUAUAACGAAUGUGCAGAGGCAUUCAGAUGGAAUACAGAGCUUGUUAGACAUCAGAAAAUUCAUCUUGCGAACAAGCCUUAUAUAGACUGAAUGUGGGAAGGCUUUCAGCCAGAGUUCAUCUCUGACUUUAUAUCAGAGGAUUAACAGUGCAGAGAAGAUGUGAAUGUAUUCAAUGAGGACCUGCCUUUUUCUGUAAGAUGUAGGUCACUAGACAUAUUUGCACUGGAAAGAAACUAUAAUAGCAAGAAUUGUGGAAAGGCCUUUACCUGGAGCUUAUAUUUAUACGUGUAUAUUGGAAAACUCUUCCUAGAGAUAAAACUUAUGGAUCUGAUUAAGGUGGGAAAACAUUUUCCUGAAGCACAGAUCUCAUUAAACACUGUAUAUUUCAUACUGUGCAUAAAUUCCUAAAAACUUUUUUUCUGAAAUACUAAGGUUUCUCCUUACUCCUUCAUAAUAUUUCAUGGAAUUCGUACAAUAGAAAUGCAAGAUAGGCGCAUUCCUAAAGACCUACUCUAAGGCGAGUUAGCCCCAGGCCAAAGACCUGCUGGACACUCCCAGUUUAGCUAUAGAGAUGUAUGCAAGUGAGACUUGAGGUCUCUGAGAAUAGAGGGAACCGAUGGAAUUCAGUACUCCGGAGCAGCUUGUGCACAGCUGAGAUGGGCCUCCAAGCUCUGGAGGAAGAAAAACAAUUGUGCAGAGGGUUAUUGAUAUAAUUUUAUUUAUAGAGUCCCAAACCCAAUGUUUAGAACUUAUUAAAACAUGCUAAAGGACUGUGUAUCCAAUUAGAAUAAUUUACAUUUGGGGCAGCUAGAUGGCACAGUGGAUAAAGCACCAGCCUUGGAUUCAGGAGGACCUGAGUUCAAAUUCGGCCUCAGACAUUUGACACUUACUAGCUGUGUGACCCUGGGCAAGUCACUUAACCCUCAUUGUCCUGAAAAAAAAAAUCAUUUACAUUUGAUAUAUAUAAUCAUCUGAUAUUGUUGCUUUCUCAAAAUUUUCCUCUCCAGCUAAUUCUCCCCUUAGAUGGAUGAUCUAAUCAUGUUUUUUAAAUUUCUUUUUUAUUUUAUUUUUGAUAUAUAAUUAUAUUUUAUACGUAUAUCAAACAUAGACAUAAUAUACAAUAAUAAACAUUUGUAUUUAUAGUCUUGAGUUCCAAAUUUUAUCCUCCUUCCCUCCCCCCUCCCUGAGGCAGUAAGCAAUUAGAUGUGAGUUAUACAUGUGCAAUUAUGUAAA